AUGGGUCCUGGAGACGAAGUUGUCAGCUGGCGCUGCCUCAGGGCUGCAGUUGAAGGGGGGCCACCCCCGGGGUCGCCUUCAGGGGGCCCCCUAAGCCAGCAGCAGCAGCAGCAGCAGCAGCAAAUACCUUAUCCAGUUGCUGCAGCAGCAGAGCUCUUGGUUGCUGCUGCUGACGUGACGGGGCAAAGAGAAGCUCUUGCCGCUCUCGACGGCUGCAGCUUCUUAGCAAGGGCCGUCCGCCCUGCAGACUUUAUUGGAGCCAUACAUGAUGCUGCGCUGCUAUUUGGAGCUGCGAGGCCCUCGCUGCUGCCAGCACUGAUUCCCUUCUUGGCUCCCUUUUGCUGCCGCCCCCUUCUGGUGUACAGACACCCCGCAGUGGCUGCGCUGCAGGGAGCAGCAGCAGCACUUCAUGUUGUCAAUUUGAGCUGCUCGCCUUAUUUGACUGUUUCUGACGAAAGCGGCAGCAGAUACCGCCUAAAAGACCAGCAGCAGCAGCAGCAGCAGCAGCAGCAGCAGCACGCAGCAGCAGCAGCAAAGACUGCCGAACCGCAGCAGCAGCGGCAGCAGCAGCACGCCUGUGGUACAUGGACGUCUUUGCUGCCUGGUGGCUUCUUGUCGUCGCUAGCCACUGACAGAGCCGCAGCAGCACCAGCAAGCGCUGCUGCUGCUGCUGUGCCGGAAGGCCAGGGAACGUCCCCCAAAGAGCAGGGGGCGCAGCAGCAGCAGCAGCAGCAGCAGCCGGAGCAGCGAAUGCAGGUGCUGCUUGCUGCUGCAACUGACGCAGCAAUCGACGCAGCAGCAAUGACACUAGACGAUCUGCAUCCCCAAGUGCUGCGCUUGGAGACUCUUUUCUCUAGCAAAUCAUCAUCAGCAACAGCAUCUGCUGCUGCUGCUGCUGCACCUGCAGCAGCAGAAGCAGCAGCAGAAAACUGGCUUGCUGCUGACUCGCUGCACUGCCUCCGCGCAGCACUUGGCUGCCUCCAGACUCUGGCUCAUUUGUGGGUGGGUCUCCACAGAGCAGCAGCAGAAGCAGAAGAGGGGCAAGGGCCUGCUGCUGCUGCCGCUGCUGCUGCUGCUACUGCUGCUGAGUCACGGAUUGUAGACAAGGUAGCAGCAACAGCAGCAGCAAGUCACCUUGACGUCUCCGCCUUUGGGACUGAAAGCAGAGCGAUGAGGGUCUUGGAUGUUCUUGAAGUAGGCUUCGCAGUGUAUCCAGCCAUGAGGUGCGUGCUGGCCAUGGGGCAGCAGCAGCGCGAGCAGGAGGACUCUUCGGACACGGCAGCAGAAGCAGCAGCAGCAGCAGCCGCAGCAGCAGCAGCAGGAGCAUUUGCUGCCACGCUGCAGUGCGUGGUGCACUGCGCCGCGCUUCCCUGCUGCACCUGGCCCUCUGCUGCAGCUCGUGCUGCUGUCUUUUUGCUGCUGAAGCGGCGGCUGCUGCGGCCCUGCUGCUUCUUGCCAUUAGCGACAAUUAGCGUAAGUUGA